CCCGAGUUUCGGAUCUCCCCUGUGGUCUCCCGGCCCUGACACCCCAGCAGUGCCCAUUAAUGCUGUGUUAGUCGGCUGUCCAGGGCCGGCCCGGCGGGGCCCAUGCUCUGAGCUGGGACCUUCCCUCCUCUCUGUAGAAAGCCACACUCGGCUGCCCCGGUCGCCAUCUUGUGGUGGAUCCUCCUCCUCGGUUCUCCGUACUCUGAGCCCGGGGGGCCGCGGCCUCCUCCCCUCAGUCGAGGCAGCAGGAGGAUGCCGGGCCCGAGGCAGCGUUAUGAGCAUGAGAUCCAGCGCGUAUCGCCCGAGGCCCGACGACCCCUCGCCGGGGGAAGAGCCUCAGGAAAGCGCGGGGCUUGCGGGUUGGACUAGGCCGCAUUGCGAGCACCGGACCGGGGAGCGGGGGAAGCGGCAGGCCGGGCCCAGCGAUCCGUGCGGCAAGCUCGGCAGCGAGGCGGGGGCACUGGCGGACAAAGGGGCCGGGGGAGCUGCCGGAGCGGCGGUAACCGGGGCCGGGGCGGCUACAACGGCGGCCACCGGGCAAGGGCAGGCCCCGGCCACCAACAGCUCGGCCCCCGGUCCUCCCCGCUGGAGGCCGCCGCCGCUGAGAGGGGGAGCGGGAACCGGGGCCUGCCUCAAACAGAUCGUCCUCCUCCAGCUGGACCUCAUCGAGCAGCAACAGCAGCGGAUCCAGGACCGGGAGCGGGAAAUCGGCGAGCUCAGGGCCGAGAAGGACACGCUCCUGGCCCGCAUUGAGCGGAUGGAAAGGCGCAUGCAGCUGGUGAGAAAGGAUAGUGAGAAAGACAAACAGCGCACGUCUCAGAGCCGCGAACCGGACGGCGACAUGCCAGAAGGUCCUCUCCCAGAGAGUGCAGGGGGUGGGGAAUUUCCCCUUGAGGACACUCCUUGCUUGAGUGGCCAUAUUCCAAAACCUUUUUCUUAUGGCCGCAAUGCGAAAGGACACAAAAGGAAAUCUGCUUUCAGUACUUCUGAGCACAGGACGUCAGUCAAAAGAUUGACGUCACACUUUGCGAAAAUGAAAGGCAAGACCCCAAUGACUUUGACACAGGAAGAGGAUGCUGAACCAGGGGGCUCCCUGUCUGAGUCUGCAUGCCAACGGGAACUACGCAGCAAGGAGACCCCAGAAAAAUCACAUUCUCCUGUGGACACUCCCCUAAGACCCUCAUGGGGUAGCCCUGUAUCUCACUUGCUAAAGGACAGCAACCCACACCCUAGUGAGGCAGAGUCCCUUCCCUACCUUUGCACCACGGACAUGUAUCUCAGCCGUUGGCAUCAGCCACCUCCAUCCCCACUGAGGGAACCAUCCCCCAAGAAAGAAGAGAGUGUGGCAAUCCCUUCGUGGAGAGAGCAUCCUAUUGAACCUCUGCAGGACCUGAGUGCUUCUGACGUCCCAGAGAACCUCGAUGAUGCAGUAUUUGCAAAAAGACAUGCCAAGUUAGAGCUGGAUGAAAAAAGGAGGAAGAGGUGGGACAUACAGAGAAUCCGAGAGCAGAGGAUCUUACAGAGACUGCAGCUCAGGAUGUACAAGAAGAAGGGCAGUCAAGAAAGCGAGCCGGAAGUUACCUCCUUCUUCCCAGAGCUUGAAGAUGUGGAAUCCAUAAUGCUUACCCCCUACCUCCCUGUUGUUGUAUUUGGACGUCCUCUGCCAAAAAUAACCCCACAGAACUUCGAGCUCCCGUGGCUGGAUGAGCGCAGCCGUUGCCGGAUAGAAAUGCAGAAGAAGCAGACGCCGCAUCGGACAUCUCGCAAAUAAGCCGGAGAACCCCCAUCUUGUGAAUCCUUUGUAUAUAUAUAUUUUUUUUUUAUACAGAUGUUAAUGCACUGCAAAUUAAAAUGUAUGAAACCCGUUAAUGCUGCCUCUGUUUCUAACCUCUACUAAGUAUACUGUAUUGCAGACCCCACUGUCACUGUGUUAUGGGCAAAUGACUUUGUCUUUCCCAUAUUUCUAUGCAGUUGAGAUGCUUUCUGCUGUGACAGAUCUCUCUGAGUGAGCCAAAUUGGGGAAAUAAGGGAGUUCCAUGCCGUACAAAUAUUUUUGUACGAAUAGUUUCCUUUUCUGGGACGUGAUUUUAACGUUUGAAUGGCUACCCACUGUCUCCAUAGAAUUUCCGAGUGUUUGGUUCUUCGAGAAUUUUAAGCUAUUGCUAGAAGCACCUGUGCUUGACCACCAGUUUUAUUGUUCUUAACCAAAACGCCAAUCUUUAGCUCUUCACUUGUUGCGUUGUUUAGAGUUGUAUUGUUUUCCUUCUGCUGCCCACCUUCGGUUCCCGUGUUGCUUCAUACUGUUAUGCCCUGAAAAUGGCUGUUAGUUAUUUUAUUCUUGCAAGCUUUCUGUUUAACACUGAACACUUUAAGUAGAUGUAAAACUCCCUGUUUCCAAGCCCGACAUCAAGCACAUACAUGCCCUUAUACAUGUCUGUAUCAAUAAACAGGAAGUGUGUUGGUUUUUUUUUUUGGGUGGGGGGGGGGGUUGCAUUAAAUUGUGACAAGGUUAAUUGAGAGCAGCACUUCUAGUUGAUAUUUACAAGUUUGAAGAAUUUUGGAGAGGGCCUUCCUAAUACCCAUUCAGUGACACAGGGGUCUGCAGUGCUUUGUCCUGCCGUGGGUGGAGGUCAUUGUAAAACAUAAAGUUUGAAUGUGUCUUCACCCAGAGUGCAGCUACAGUUUACAUUUUCACAAAAUUACCCGUAUCCACCUCUCCUCUCACAAUUCACCUAUUUUCAAAUGUGUAAAAUAAUGUUUCCAUGUAAUUAUUUUAAAAUCGUUAAUGUCUUCGGGGAGUUUGUUGUGAAAUAUCUUUUAUUUUUUUUAAUUUUUUGUU